UCAGGCAAUGGGAAAAAACAAAGCGAAAGGACAGAAGCAGAAGAAUGUAUUCCAGGUGGCCAACAAAAACAUCACGAAGGCAAAAAGUAAAGCCAAGCCAGUGACAACCAGUCUGAAAAAGAUCAAUAUAGUGAAUGAUGAAAAAGUUAACACAGUAAAUAAGAUAUUUACAGAAGUACAGAAAGAAGUCAAGCAGUUAUCCAAAGCCACUGCAUCAGAUCUACCAAAGAGGCAUCUGGUUCCAAAGACCACGGAAAGAGAACCGACAAAUGUGGAUGCUGCUACCAACUUACUGUCUCAGUUGUAGUAUUAAAUAUCUGUACUC